AUGGAACAUCUUCUAUCGUGGCAUAGACCACAAGUACAAGCUUUCAUUGGAUACACAAGCAAUGGAAACUUCAUGACCAAGACUGUUGAUGAAGCUAAGGUUCUUAUUGAGAAUCUUGCAGCUAGUGAUUGUAACAACUGUCCUGAUUAUGACCGCUCAAGCCGCACCACUACUAGCUCCCCUGAUUCUUUUCAAAUGACUGAACUCAAGAACAUGAUGGCUCAAGUUCUUAAGGGACAGCUCAAGCAUAUCAAUGCAAUAGAAGGGAUGAGUGAUGCUAAUGAAGAUUCAUCAAGAGAAUGCAUGGGAGAUUCUCUAAUGAAGCCAAUGAAGAAGAUGUGA